UUCCUACAGUGCCUAAACAUUUGGGACCAACCACCGUGUCCGAUAAGACUCGCGCUCGCGCAUUUCACGGCAACUCAGCUGUAGUUAGUCAACAAACCAACAGUCAACAGCCAACAACCAAGAGACAAGAGACAAGUUCACUAUAAACUAUAUGCUUGUCAGCAUUUAGCAUAGACUUUUUAUAUACCGAUGCAUAGCCGAGUUCCGCAUUAGUUACUAAAGACGCGCGUAGCCAAACGAGUUCUGGAGUUGUAACACAAACUUGAGAAUAUAAAUUGUUAAACAUUGCUUGACGAAGCGUGUGGAAGUUUAUACGGAAAGAAAUAUAAUUCAGUAAACGAAAGCGAAACUCAAAAUUCGAAAACAAAAGUGAAGAAGAUGCUGAGACAAUUUGACGCGUAAAAUCGUGUGUGUGGUAAAGUUAUUACAGAGACCGUUGCAUUUAAUGACAAUAACAGAGCAGACACGAGAUUACGGUAAAUUACCCAUUGCUUCCGCAGCAUAAUAAAGCAAAAUUACCAGAAACUGAGGGAAAAUUGGCUUUGCUCGCAAAACAAUUGCGCAUUUUUAAGAUACUUACAUGGGUACAUAAGUACUUAACAAAAAAGUCUACAGACCUUUAUUACAUAUGCAUACUAUGUGACAAAGUGAAACCUAAAUUUGGCAAUUCAACGAAAAAGCCCAAUGACAAACAAAGAAAAAUAAAUAAAAAAAUAAAAUUUAAAAAAAUCACGCGACGAGAAUUGCGAAGCGCAAUAUCUCUAAGAAGUACCUGUAUAAAAUGCAAAAUAAAUUAAUAAAAAUACAAAAAUAACAAAAGCUAACUAGAAUUAACAUACGUACAUACUUCAAUAGUGCUAAACAACCAAAACAACCAGAAAGAAAAAGCAGCACAAUUUCAUAGUACGUGAGCGUUGAGCAACCCGCCAAUGACCGGCUAAACAAAAAGAAUCUCAUUUCAGCCAGUUUGAUCAUUUAGCUUUUUGCGCUCCAAGAGUCAAGUGCAUGCGCUUAGAGAACAACACGCUUACCAGUUACAUACUUACAUAUUUACAAAACGUAGAGACAUUUGUUAUUAAAAUUUUUACACGCCACUUACGGGUCAAAAACUAAAGUACCUACGAAUAUCUACGUACUUACAUAAACACAUACUUAAAUAGAACUGUGAUUACUACAAGUACCAUAUAGGAGACAGUACAAUCACCAUGCCCGACAUGCCAAAUAUUAACGAUGCACAGGAAACUGCCUUGAAGCAGUUCCGCAAAAGUGUUUCUGACGUCAUCAAUGAAACCCAUGAUGAUUAUUUUCUUCUACGUUGGCUACGAGCACGAAAAUGGAACCCAGAGGCUGCUGAGGAAAUGUUGCGGGCGAGCCUGAAGACCCGCGCUAUGUGGAAUGUGGACAACUUGGAGAAGUGGGAUGUGCCUCGCGCUCUCAGAGAAUAUAUGCCACACGGACUGAUUGGCUAUGACAAUGAAGGUUCGCCAAUUAUUGUCUGUCCAUUCUAUAAUUUUGAUAUUUGGGGCAUGCUACACUGCGUCACACGCUUCGACUUCCAACGCUACUUGGUGCUGCUGUUGGAGCGUUUUAUGCAAGCUGGCUAUGAACAGAGCAAAAUACAUGGUCCACAGGCACGUCAGCUAGUUGUCUUCUUCGACAUGGCCAACUUCAAUUUGAAGCAGUAUGCGUGGCGUCCGGGCGCCGAGUGUGUUUUAUCCACCGUAAAACAAUACGAAAGCAACUAUCCGGAAUUGCUGAAAAUGUGCUACAUAAUCAAUGCACCCAAACUGUUCUCUGUUGCUUUCAAUUUCGUUAAAAGAUUCCUGGACGAGUACACAAUGAGUAAAAUAAAAAUCUUCAAGACCGGCUCAGAUAAGUGGAAGGAACCACUGUUCUCCCAUGUCGAUCCAAAUAUAUUUCCCAAAUGCUUUGGUGGCAAUUAUGUCGAUGAGAAUGGUGAUCCAGAAUGCAAAUCGAAGAUUAUUUGGGGUGGAAAAAUUCCGCAAGACAUGUUUGUCGAGCAAGGUAAUGAAGACAACGAUAAGGACUAUACCGAGACCACAAUAAAUAAGGGCAACAAGCUAAAACUGGAUUUUUAUGUGGAUGAAAAGAAGCAAGAGAACUUAGUGCUAUCAUGGGAUUUUCGCACCUUCGACUACGACAUCAAAUUCGGUAUAUACAGCAUUGACAAGUCGUCUGGAGAAAAGCGUAGCGAAGUGGCGCUCGGCACUGUCUAUUCCAAUGAAAUGGAUGAAGUGGGCUUCAUCUCAACGCGACCCAAUACAACAUACACUGUGGUCUUCGACAACUCUCACAGCUACUUGCGCAGCAAACGUCUACGCUAUAGUGUGAACCUAAUAUCGGACGUUGACGACAUUACCGAGCUUUCGGCGCAAGUGCAACAAACCGAUAUUGUGGAAAAGAAUGGCUCUUAAAGCGUCGGAGUUAUUUUAGAAAUGGAGUUGUGAGCGAACAUUGAGAUUGAAGAGUCGGCUGGGAUAUGAUAAAUCUAUGCUACCAAACCAAAUAUAUGCAGACAGAUUCCACGCACAGUAUAUCGAGUCAUUUUCUACUAAUGUAUCAAAUAUUCUAAGCCAAAUAAGAGAAAAAAAAAAACAAAAAAAAAAAAGAAAACAAGGAUUCAUAUACUAAUGUUAAGAGAAAACUCAUUUUUUGCAAUUAUUAUUGAAUAUAGUCAAAAUAUAUAAUAAUAAUACCAUAAAA